AGGAUUUUGUGGCCUUUACGUCUGUGUUGUCUGCAAUACGCAGUCUGCUUUCAGGCGACAACAAAAAUGGCGAUGAAUUUCGGUCUUCGUCGAGGAUUUGUGCAAUCUGUUUUGACAUGCCCUUCCAGAAGAGCGUUUGGCGCAACUGCAGUGUUGAAAAACGAAGACCCCUUCAAGCUUGCUCAAAUGAAGGAAGCCCCAUUAAAAAGCCUUGAUGAACUAUUGUCUAAUCAAGAAAAACAUGAGGGGUUGAUAAAUGUUGACAAGAAAGUUGACCUAUCUGUAACAACUGGAGUACCAGAAGAGCACAUUAAGACACGAAUGGUCCGUAUUUGGAAACCUGCAAAACAUGCAAUGCAGUCUGGCACGCACAACACACACAAGUGGAAAAUGGAGUUUGAUGCCCGUGAGCGCUGGGAAAAUCCUCUGAUGGGUUGGACAUCUUCAGGUGACCCACUAUCCAACAUCCAAUUGAGUUUCGGCAACAAAGAGGAUGCUAUUGCAUUUUGUGAAAAAAAUGGUUGGGACUAUUCCGUAGCUGAAGUUGUUGGCAAACAGCCUCGUCCAAAAUCCUAUGGAGCCAACUUCGCAUGGGAUAAGAAAACACGUACGUCAACGAAGUAAGAGUCCUUACGGGAAUCCCAAAUUGCUGGUUUUAACGUGGAAAUGUGUAGAUAAAAAUUACUCUUCCUUGAACUUGAUCUAGUUAUAUUACACUGUUCACGGUGAA